AUGGGUGGAAUCUGUUCUCCGCAGUCAGACGGCUGGGCCGCCUUGCAUCUCCCGGCCAUCGAGGAGCUUCUGAGAUGCAUGCCAGAGGAGGGACCAUGCGAUUCCGGUGACGUUUUCGGCACUUUCACGCCCAGCGUUGACACAGGAGUCCAGCACUCCACAGCUUUCCGAGCUGCACUGAACACUCUCCCGCUGGCGACUUCGUCAGGUGGCUUCGAGUUGCCCACACCGCCGUGGCCAAGCUUCAAGGACCGUAGAAUGCUGGAUGCGAGGGCACCGCCCCCAAUCCGAUCUGAGCACAUCGCAGCAGAUGCUUCUGGACCGUGGCAGGUGCCGCAGCUUGAUAUGGACCAGGAUGCUCCGGCGCUCCUGCCGGCCUACAUGAUGCAGGAUGUGUCGGCACAUCUUGGAGGAUCCGAGGAGAUAAACAAUCGUCCAGUCGGACACAAGAAGGUUCCGAAGAAGAUCAACAUUCAGGAAGAGUUUGCUCACUCCGACUGUGAGAUCACGACGGCCAUGAUUCGGAACGUUCCAAACCAAUUGAAUCGGAAACAGUUCCUGGAACGGCUCGACCAGCUGGGCUUUCGUGGUUUGUACGACUUCGUGUACAUGCCGAUGGACCGAUCAACGCGCAUGAAUGUGGGAUAUGCUUUCGUGAACUUUAUCAAGCCUGAAUUUUUCAGGAUGUGCCAAGCGGUGUUGCAGGGCAAGAGCUUUCUUGAGAAGGAGGAUCGCAACAAGCGCAAGAGUGGAAAGCCGAUCGUUGUCUCACCUGCCCAUGUUCAGGGGCUGCAAAACAACGAGAAGCACUUCAAGGAUGCAGCGGUGUCGCACACCCUCCACAGACCCGUCAAGUUCGUUUGCAACGGUCACUCGGGACCGUGA